AUGAUGUUGACUCGUUUAACUGCUAUUGUGUUUACUAUUAAGCAUGAUAAGAUUUGGAAAACAUUGUUACCAUUAGCGAUAAUUGUCAUAUUUGGUCUUCCUUUACUUGAUUCUUAUAUUUUGUUUAUGGAUAUUUAUGUUAUCAUUCCAUUGCCAAAUGAACAGAACAUGACUUCAUUUAUAAUUCCUCCAAAGGAACUUGAUAAGCCAGGACCAUAUAUGUAUAUUAGCUUUUACUACUCAAUUAUUUUUCUGGUAGCUUGUGCCAUCCUCAAUUUUACAAUUCUGUUUAUUUACAAAAAUAUUAAAAGUUCUAAUAAAACAAAUAAUCAGAAAAAAAUUGAACGAAAUUUGUUAAUUUAUGCUUUGGGUACUUUGUUUGGACAUGCAAUUAUUGCUAUAGUGACAAUAUUUCUAUAUGUCUGCCCAAAAAGCCAUUCAAUGCCAGCACUUUUUUCAUUGUUGCCUGUUGUUACAGACAUUGGAACUUCUGGAUUGUCUUCAUGGCUUCUUUUAUUUAUCAGCGAAGAUUUUAGAAAUGAAUUCUUAAAAGAUUGGAGACCAAAAUAUUUUUAUAGAAAUUCGACAAAUAAUUCAAAUAAUAUUAUUCCAAUUCCUAAUCACCAUCAUUUAAAAGUACAUCCGGUCAACAAUUUUGUUAGCUCUCUUAAUUAA